AUGAAAGCUUGUUUCAUCGGCCUUCUCACCAGUGGGGGAUUCGCCUCUAGUGAUCUUUGCACUAUUGGAGAAGGCAGUAUAAACUGCGAGCACGCGCAGUUACGUAGGGAUAUCGAUAACGGUGAAUGGGUUGCUGUAAAACAUUUCCUUAACCGCAACCCAGAUGCAAAGAGUGCAAGAAUUUCAGACAAUGGAGGUACUGUUCUUCACGUGGCUGUCUCAGCAAAACGUACGGAUUUUGUGGAGAAGCUGGUGGCGGAGUUAAUGUCGAAAGAGGAAUUAGAAAUAACAGAUGAUAAUGGUUUGACAGCACUAGCCCGAGCUGCUAUUCUAAAAAAUAAAGGGAUGGUAGAGUGCAUGCGUAGGAAGAACGCUGAGUCACUUAACAUCCCAGACUACUGGGGUUGUAUUCCACUUGUAACGGCUCUAGAGUAUGGGAAUAUAAAAAUGGCGGACUAUCUCUAUUCUGUCUGUCAAACAUUAAGCAACGUCGAUGCUUCCACGGCUCUUACCCGGUUCAUACUUCUCGAUAAUUUUGGUCUUGCUCUAAAGUUGCUCAAGCGUUUCCCAGAUUCUGCUAUUGUUAAAAACAAGUAUCAUACCUUCCCACACUCACUGAGAAGUCUUCUGCAUUCCAGAGUGGGAAGCCACACGUGUUUUGGAAAAAUUGGAUCUACAACUGUAAGUAUAUCCAUUCAAUAUUCAGCAAACACCGGUGAAUUUCAGAUAAGGAAUAACGGAUUAGUGCUAGGACUAUUGUGUUGGCUACCUUGGAAUCUCUUGGUUGAGUUAAUGGUGUAUUGACUAUUGACUUAUGAAUCAAGCAAAUAUGUAAAAUGAAAUUGCUCCAUCAACAAGCACGUGAACUUCUAAGUCAAAAAAUGUGCCAUAAAGUAAAGGAAAUGAAUGAUGAUCAUGUUAAUGAAGCCAUCAUCAAAGCCACCAAAGGAGGGCUUCUUGAGUUUAUCAAGGAGAUAUUUGAAGUAGAUGCCCAGCUUCUUGUGUCUGCAAUUGAUGAUGCAACGGGAAGAGACACAUUUUUUUGCGCUGUCCUACAUUGACAAGAUACAAUUUUUAGCCUUAUACACAAGCUUGAUGCAAAAAAGUCAAUUACAAAUGCUCGGGAUCAAUCUGGUAGCACUAUCUUGCACAUGGCAGCGAUGUUAGAACCUUCAACUACACGUGAUCGCAUUGCUGGGGAAGCUUUGAAGAUGCAGAGCGAACUUCGUUGGUUUAAGGAGGUGGAGACACAUUGCUUUCCUUGGAUUAACGAAAUUCGAAAUAAUCGAAAUAUGACACCCAAAGAACUUUUUACCCAUAACCACAAGGACAUGAGAGAGAAAGAAGAGAAAUGGAUGAAAGCCACUGUAACUUCCUGUACAGUGGUAGGAGCUCUCAUUAUUACCAUUAUGUUCAAUGCAGCAUUCACUCUUCCAGGCAGUAACAAUAAAGACAUAGGGUUUCCAAUGUUCCCACAAAAGAAGUUAUUGAUGGCAUUUAUCAUAUCUGAUGCAUUAUCACUCGUUUCUUCCUCAACUUCAGUAUUGGUCUUUCUGUUAAUCCUUACAUCGCGAUAUGCACAAGAAGAUUUUCAUCUAUCCUUGCCUAUAAAGAUGAUACUAGGCCUUUUCACUC